GACGCCUCCAUCGCCCACCGCUUCCACGUCAUGCGGGAGAAGUACCCGGAGAAGUUCAACAGCAGGAUGAAGAACAAGCUGUGGUACCUCGAGUUCGCCACCUCGGAGACCAUCUUCGCCACCUGCAAGAAGCUGAAGGAGUGUCUGAGCGUGGAGUGCUGCGGGACCCCCCUGGAGCUGAGCGGGGCGCUGGCGGGGCUGGCGGUGCUCAACAUCCCCAGCAUGCACGGGGGGUCCAACCUCUGGGGGGAGACGCGGCGGGCGCCGGGGGAGCCCAGCGCGGGGGGGGGCACCGGCCCGCCCCCCCCCGCCAUCACCGACCCCGACGCCCUCAAGACCUGCGUGCAGGACCUGAGCGACCGGCGGCUGGAGGUGGUGGGGCUGGAGGGGGUGCUGGAGAUGGGGCAGAUCUACACGGGGCUGAAGAGCGCGGGCAAGCGGCUGGCGACCUGCUCCGAGAUCACCCUGCGGACGCUGAAGCCCCUGCCCAUGCAGAUCGAUGGGGAGCCCUGGAUGCAGCCCCCCUGCACGAUCAAAAUCACCCACAAGAACCAGGCGCCGAUGCUGAUGGCCGCCCCCCCCCGCUCCUCCAGCUUCUUCGGCCUCAAGAAAGGCCCCCCCGAGGCCUGAAGGGGCCGGGAUUGGGGGGGGGGGGGACGGGCUCCCCCCCUCCUCUCCCCUCCCCUCCCCAAAGCUGCGCCCGGGGACAAGGACC